UCAUUUUUGAAAGACUUUUUAGUUGCUUCUGAGUUUGUUAGUAGUAAUUAUGAAUGCAUCAACUUAUUUUUACAUAGUAGCCUGUAAUCAUAUGUAGAUUGUAAAAUUAGAAAUGAGUUUAUAAACUGUCCAUCUCCUCAUUUCCCAGGUGGUUGCCCUUCGGUUACUAGCAGCAACUAGGCCUUGGCCUGUCACUGUUCUCUGAGCAAGUGCACAAGUAGUUGAGACAUUUGAAGUCCCCUUUUUAGGAGCAUCACCUUGUAACUUCAUAUUAACCUAACAUGGCUGACCAGCGGCAGCGCUCACUCUCUACCUCUGGGGAAUCACUAUACCACGUUCUCGGGCUGGACAAGAAUGCAACCUCAGAUGACAUAAAGAAAUCCUAUCGGAAGCUUGCUCUGAAAUAUCACCCUGACAAGAACCCCGAUAACCCAGAGGCUGCAGACAAGUUUAAGGAGAUCAACAACGCCCACGCCAUCCUGACAGAUGCCACAAAAAGAAACAUCUAUGACAAGUAUGGUUCGCUGGGGCUCUAUGUGGCUGAGCAGUUUGGGGAAGAGAAUGUCAACACCUACUUCGUGCUCUCCAGCUGGUGGGCCAAGGCCCUGUUCGUCUUCUGCGGCCUCCUCACCUGCUGCUACUGCUGCUGCUGCCUGUGCUGUUGCUUCAACUGCUGCUGUGGGAAGUGCAAACCUAAGGCACCCGAGGGCGAGGAGACUGAGUUCUACGUGUCCCCUGAGGACCUGGAGGCACAGCUGCAGUCUGAUGAGAGGGAGGCCACAGACACACCGAUUGUCAUACAGCCAGCGUCUGCCACAGAGACCACUCAGCUCACGGCUGACUCCCAUCCCAGCUACCAUACCGACGGGUUCAACUAAGUCCAGGAGAGGCUGUGAUUAGAGGAUGAAUCAGCACCGGCCACUGCAACCUUAGAAUCAUGAACUAUAGUCACCAAGAUGGGGAGGUAGUCACUGGCCUGCUACGGCCGUGCAGGCCCCUCCCACCUCCUCUACACCUGCCCAUCCGUCAAUUCUUGAUACAUGAAGUGCGUAGCAUGCAGUAUUUAAAGCAGUGUAGCUACGGUCUUCUUCUUCUGUUUUUUUCCUUUUUUAAUAGCAUGUAUGGGUUAUGUUCAAUGUCUGUGUUGUGGACGUGCAGCGGCCUGGCCGCAUUAACUGAACUGCCUCAGGCUUUCAGUCACGUGGGUCCAGUGAUGUUCAUCUGCAACUACCAGGUUCCACCCAGCCAGGUGGGCUAGGGAAGGAGGGGGCCUCCCCUUGCCUCCCUGUGCUUGCAGACACUGGAAGGAGGUGCUACCUGGCAAAGUUGUAUCUCCAUGUUGGCCUCGGUAUCCUGAGAUGGAGUCUGGUCUGGUCCGUGAUUGGUGGCCUGGUCUCAAGGCUGCAUGCAGGGUUCUGGAAGGAGCAGGUCCGCAUCCUGUCAGGCACUGUUUGCGAGAUGUUUAUAUUGGGCAGUUUGCACAGUGCCAUGCUUACUUGGCCUCGUGGCAUAGUUUUCCUGUGGUAGAUCUGCUAUAUAGAGCAUGGUCAUGCCCCUCUGAGAGUACGAGCCUGCUCUCUGCACAGUGUGUCCAGCCUGGGUCUCCUUACCUCAGGGACAGAUCCUGCCUGUCCCUCGCUGAUGUGUUGGAGGUUGUCUGUCUCUGUUCCUGCACCUUCCAGGCCAAGAGCUGGAUUGACAAGGCGACAGUCUCCCUUUUACCCCGAGUCAUCCACAUUCCGUCAAACACAACUUUUCUUUCUUUUUUUUUUUUUAAAUCCUUUUUGGACUUUUAAGAACCACAAAUGGUAGCACCUGCCUUGUCAUAGUCAGAGGGUCUGUGAGUUCAACUGUGAGUGGCAUAUGGCUGUUUAAGUCCAGGAAAAACUUUGAGUGAGCACCCAACCCCGGAAUCUUCCCCACUGUGCUUGCCAGAGCUCUGUUUAACCCACUUGCCUUCACCUCCUACCUGUCAUGGAUGCCUCAGGCAAAGCUGAACUUUGGGUUCCUGGAACAUCAUGGCUGAGCCCAAGGUGCCCCUGGCUUAGGAGGAUUGGAUCCCAGGGAAGCUAGUGAUGUCACAGCUAGCCAGCCCAGGAGGCCAGUGGCUGGACUACAAAAUCCUUUUGUUAUCCUCUCUCUGGUCUGGGUGGGUGGUACCCUGAGUGAGGGAGCUGAGGAAACGGGGCUACCAUGUGCCUGUGCUGGCCAGGGGUUUGUAACCACCCCACACCCCCAGCUAUGUGCUGGAUUUGGUACACCAAACUAUAGUGGGCCAAGUUCAUGCAGAACCUUCCUGAUGGCUGUUGCUGACCAUCGUCUGCAUUUCCGUAGAGAUGAAGAAGCUCCAUGGCCCAGGUGAACCACCAUGUGUUCCUGAAGCCCAGCCCCCACAUCCCUCCCUUGUCUGUUGUCUGUCUUCCUUCCCCUCCAUCCCCUGACACAGCUCAGAAGGACCUGCAGGGGGCAGGUCAGGCUGACAGAAAGUCACGAGAAGGGGCAGCAAUGUGCGGACAAAUCUGGUUGAGGGUGCCUGGGCAAGUCUGGUGAGACCACUGAUACUGGGGCCUGUACCUGACCUUACUACAGAUGUGUAUGGGUCAAAAGCUGACUGCCAGAUCCUUAGUGGGUUUGUCUGUUUUGCUCUUUAAAGGAUCAUGAAGACAUUGAGUGAGGACAUGCAUAAAGAGGUUAGAAAUAAUUUGUUAGCAUCUGGCUGGUGAGGUGUCACAUAAGAAAUUCAUUGUUCUGGGAAAGGAGGCACCCAGACACCUGAGCGGUCUGGUGUGCGCAUCCCAGCACAGGAGCAACAAGGCAAGAGGCUGACCAGUCAUCAUGGUGGCCUUUCCCCCACAAUGGCCAGGAUCUGUGUGGACUAUGGGUAGAGUGCUGCAGUCUGGUGACGUGGCCUGUGUCUGGAGGCAGCCCUCCUGGCAUGCAGCUCUGUGGCCCUUUCCCUCGUGUUCCUAACAGUGGCUGGGGUAAAGAGAGCAGCAGUCGAACCCAGUGUCCUGUGGAAUGUGUAAGACAAUAAAUCAUGUACAAUUUGAAAAACUUGGUAAAUGGGAUAGUUCUCAAGGUGACAGUAGUGAUUGCCCAAGGCACCCAGCUAGUAAUGACUCCAGAUGUCAGUACCCAGAGCCUUCUUCCUUCCUGACCCUCAGGAAGAUCCCCAUGCAGGGUUUUACUAUGUUGGUAUAAGGUGUCCCUGAUUUGUUUCCCAUCAUACAGAGACCUGGUGAGUCUUGGGGUCAGCUUGAAUCGUUUCCUAACCAAGUGCUGGCCAAUCUGGAUGACCCUCACGUGUCCCUAGGUGCCUGUGCUGAUAACCACAGCAUGAAUGCCUUCCAGGAUGCGCAUGUUGCCAGGGGACUGCUGGGGUCUGCCGUGGAGGCCUGUCCAGUGCAGCAGGUGCCCUUGGAUGCAGGCAGCUCUGACCUGCAGAGAGCAUGUGGGACAGACCUAUAAGGUCAUCACUGCAGUUGCUGGCAUAUGGAUUUCUGUUGCGCUUAGUGAUGUGGUCUUUCCUGUCUUCCUUUUGUCAUUGCUCUAUUUUAAAACUGCUUUAGAUAUUACUGCUCAGUGUUUAGUGCAGCCAAAAUCCAACGGGGACCUGUUUUGGAAAAAGAAACCAGAGUGCUCACUGUGUUGUGUUAGUGGGAAGCUUCUUUGCCAUGUGUUGGCUGCUGAACUUGGCCCUGAGUCAUAAAGUGAUCGAGAUUCUUCUCAGAUGUUCUAACCCCAGGUUUAACCCAUAGCGGUGUCCAUUGUCCGCUGAUUAUUCUUCUAGGUAAGCCUUGUGCCAGAGGAGCUACCAUCAGUGCAGCUGAUUGGUCUGGGGAGAUGGUGGCCUGGCAUGCAAGCUGUCCCUGGAGGAUCCAGGUGCUAUAUGGGCAGAGCUGGGUGGGUUCUGCCUAUCGUCCUCUGGUCCUCAGUGCACCCUGCCAUGGGGGGACAGCCUGUGCGUGGUGUAAACAAGUGACUGAUCUCAUUCCUUUCUCAGUGUUCUGAGCUGUGAACCCAUGUGGCCCAGGAUUGACCUGUUUUUGUUACUUGGUUUUGAACCACCUUCCUGUGGAAUUGGCAAAAGCUGCAUCUUUAUUGUCCUCACAAGCACGGUGUGUGUCACCACAUGCUGUGUGGGUCGUGGUGUAUGUCUGUGUGUACAUAUGUGUAUAUGUAUAUAUCACGCAGCAGGCCUGUCAUGCUGCUGUCCAGUGGCAAAUCAACAAGUACAAUAAAAGUUGGCCCUAAAACAGCCUGUGGUUUCUUGGUGAGUUGGGUAGGGGCAGGGUCUCCAGGUUCUCCUGGCAAAACACAGUAGAUCAGAGCCUGUUGUGUGCAUAGGGUAUGUGCACCUGAAUGCACUGCCAAGGCCCCCACCAGCAUCAGGCUUCAGCAGGGCUGGGUGCAAGGGUGACUAUCUCAAACACAUGUGAAUCCCCAGGGGCCUCUGCCAUGCUCACCUGACCCUCAGGUAUAUGAAAUCCAGGAGAUGACUAGAAACCCUCCCUCCCUUAAAAUCAGUUUUCUAAGCACCAGAUACAAUCAGUGACAAGGCUGCCUUUUAAGGGCAGCCAGUCCACUCAGGAAAGGCAGGACUACAGGGAACUCCCUCUAGGAAGGGGCUGAACCAAGAGCCCCUUGGGCAGCAUGUUUGGUGGUUUUGGAGCAGUGAGUGUGUCAUGCUCAGUAAGGAGAGGAAGUUUACACUGAGGUAUAUAGAUGCUAUUUUUAAAGAUUAAAUGCAAGUACAUGGAAAGUACUUGUCUGUGUGCUGAUUUUACCCCUCUACUGGGGUUUGACUACAUUGGGAUGCAGGCUGCUGUCAGAGCCAUGGCUGACCCUGACUCGUGUGCACCUCCAAAGGCCAGGCUGGAGGGCUGUGAUGAUUUCGCAUGGUGACCUCCAUCUCAUAUGUCUGACUGUUGACCUAAAAUAAAGAUAGCUGUUGUAAAAUAAAUGUUUUCACUGCAGACCAGGUGUGUGUCUUAUUUAACAAUCCCUGCAGAAUCCUAUUUUGAUGAGUCACUGUGGUGACACCUGACCUCCAUCCUGGAUCUUCUGGGAGCCUUCACUUCCUUCUUGCCUAGACCAAAUAUAAACAAACACUCCUUCCUCUGGUUCUCUUUUCACCUACAUUUUCUAAAUACCAAGAGUAGAAUGAACCUGCUAGCUAAUGAAGUCCAUAAGGCAAGGGUAACUCAGAUAGGAGAGCCCUUGUGGGGUAUGUCUGGCCCCAAAGGGUGGAUCCUUGCCUCACAGCCCUGGCUGCCUACCUAGAGCAGGUCAUACCCAUGCGAGGGGAAGCUCUGUGAUCUCCAUAAACCUGCCACACCAGCAGCUGACAGCCCUUGGUCUAACUGUCCUCCCAUCUACAUGGCUGACCAUCACCUCCUACCUGCCUCAGCUUCGUGAAACUUCCCUUAUUCCCUCCACACACCCUCACUCACCUGCCUUGGCUGGCUCCCCAGGAUGAACAGGUAAGUGGUCUGAAACACUUUGUAAGGACCGUCAUGAAUCUGCCUGACUUGAUGUGUCCCUCAUUCUGAACCUGAGCCCUUGUCCCUCAACAGGCCUCUGACCCAAGCUAGUAGCAUCAGGUCACAGGGAGAGCCAGGGAUGUGGCACAAGUGGUGGAGCGCCUGCCUGGCAAGGGGAAGGUUCUGAGUUGACACCCCAGUACUGUCAAAAAAUAAAUGAGAUCACAGGAAGGGCAUUGGGCAUGGAGGCUGCCCAGCUCUGAUGCAGGGCCAGCUCUUCCUGUUCCUUGGGGCAGUGGUCACUGUAGCUGACCUGGCAGUUUCCAUCUCUGUCUUCCUCUGUUCUGACCAUUCAGAUUUCCUAGGGCUGUCCUGCCUUCCUCACCUAGAGCACCUGGACAUGUGCCUGCAGCAGCUUUUCUGCCCCAACUGCCUGGAGCAGCUAUGAGCUGGUGGUGACCCAAGUUGGUGGUGGACCCAGUCUUACCUCACAUCUCUGGAUAGGACCUGCCUUCUGCCUUCUCCCGCCUGGCCCUCCAGAUGUUACAGUCCCUGGGACUGUUGUGAGGUAAGCUUUACCCCGCUUCCUUGAUAGUAGGGAGAGGAGCAGGGGGCCCUAGCCACAGGUGUGAGCAUAGCCUGAGACAGCUACCUUGGGCUAGCCGCCUUUGUACCUCUACACCUCUACUUCUGGGAUAGGUAUCCAGUCCAAGCUUCUGCAAGUGGCCGCCAUGGCUGCCAUCAUUCUGCAUACAUUGGAGCACGGGGAACAUGGGGAGGGGAGCAUAGUCAAGACUGUUCAGGUGAGAGAAGCACCCUGACCCAGAAGUCCUCAGGUCUGAUUGCCUGGUAGGAGUGCAGGGCCAUCCCUGUGGUUCAUGUCCCUCCUGUCAAGUGCAACCUCAACCAGACCCCUCUUGCCUACCUGUAUUCUUAUGUGCUCUUAAUCUUAGAAGAAAGCAAAGCACAAAGCUCUCAAUAGAAAAGCAAUUUAGCCAAAGCUUAUUUUUUUAAAAGUGUUUUGGAGAAAAAGCUAAAACUCCAUUCAAACCUAAAUGAAGUAACUUAAUCCAGAUUUUUCAUAACAGAAAGAAACAACAGUGCUGAAGUCCAGUCUGUGCCUCUCUCCUCAACGUUGUGGCCAUUAGCAUGUCCCAUUCUGUACAGUGUCAGGUGCCACAGACAAUACAUACCCUUAGCUUACGAAUUUUUACAUUAGAUGUGCGACUCUAAGUCACCUGCAUCAUGAAUUUUUCAUCCAACAUAGUUGUCUUUUUAAAAAUUGCACAUGUGGCUAUACCUAGGUCUGAUUCUUCCAUUUUAGCUGUGAUAUAGAUCCCUCAUACAAACUGGUAAUAGCUGGUCCCUGCUCUUAAGAAUUUGCCACAUAGGGUUUUACUUUUUUUUUUUGGUGGUACUGGGGUUUGAACUCAGGGCCUCAUGCUUGCUAGGCAAGUGCUCUACCACUUGAGCCACUCCACCAGUCCCAAUGAUUUUGCUUUUUAAUUGCUGACACAAAGCUGUCUGACUGUUGGCUACUGAGCUGUCUCUGGGGGUGGGGUUGCUGGGAAUGGGAUCUGGAGGCCUUCCUUUCACCUGGACACACGUGUCUCCUGCUACUACUGCCCGGAGCAGCUCUCAGCUAGUCGGGACCCAGCCUUGCCCCCACAACAGCUCUGGGUAGGACCCACUUGAAUGGUUUCCCUGCCUUCCUGCUAUCAGAUUUGACCUUCUGAAUUUAUUUAAUUUAUUUAUUUUGCAGUACUAGGGUUUGAAUUUAGGUCCAACACCU